UGCUUUUUGGUUCCGGCUUUGGGUUCCGCUAGGUCUGUGUUGUGUGCGCUCUUACGGCUGACUGUCAAUUUGCAUCGCUCAACGCUACAACGCUACAUUGACCAGAUUAAUGGAGAAAUUCGUACGAAUAAUUUGUAACACGUGUAAGAGAAAAUAUCAAAGUCGCUAUUACGCCACAAAAUUUUCGGAGGAUGUGGAGAAAAUCGCUCCGACUGUAAACGAUAUAUCUAUAGAACAGUUGGAGAGGUUAUCGUUGGUUAAUUUUGGUAGCAAGGAAGGUAUUGCGAGGCUAAGAGCAGCCAUCCACUUCGCGGAUCAGCUACGCUCCAUAAAACUUGAAGACGACAUUCAGCCUAUGUAUACGGUAUUGGAAAACGAAAAACUGUAUCUGAGGGAAGACAAAGUUUCAGAUGGUGGUUACGCUAAAAAGGUUUUGAAGAAUGCGGCAUUGACUGAGGAGGGAUAUUUUGUAGCACCCCCUGGAAACGUCCCGGUUGAUCUUACUGACGGAAAGAUCUAA